CGGUGCCAGCUGUCAGAUCGCUGCUGCUGGGCGCUCUGUCCCGUUCUUCGCCUGCAGGUUCAGGCCCACAGCUAGGCGCCUUUACCAGGAGCGUGGGGUCGCACCAGGGGUCUUUGGAGCUCCCUUGUUUGGUAUAAACUGGAUGCUUGGGAAAUGCUGCUCUAAAAUAUAAGAGAGGGGGAACUGAGACCUAGAGAGGUAACUUUGUCAAGGUCACAUGGAAGAGUCAGGAUUUGGAUACAUGUCUUCCCAUUGUUGGGAAACACAAUGGCAGGAAACAGCCUUGUUCUCCCCAUAGUUCUUUGGGGUCGCAGAGCUCCAACGCACUGUAUCUCAGCAGUGCUGUUAACAGAUGAUGGGGACACGAUCGUCACAGGAUGCCAUGAUGGGCAGAUAUGUCUCUGGGAUCUUUCAGUAAGACUGGAAAUUAAUCCUCGCGCACUGUUAUUUGGUCACACAGCUUCAAUCACUUGUUUAUCUAAAGCUUGUGCUUCUAGUGACAAACAGUAUAUUGUGAGUGCAUCUGAAAGUGGAGAGAUGUGCCUCUGGGAUGUGAAUGAUGGCAGAUGCAUUGAAUUUACAAAAUUAGCCUGCACACAUACUGGCAUACAGUUCUACCAAUUCUCUGUUGGAAGUCAGAGAGAAGGAAGGCUUCUAUGCCAUGGACAUUACCCUGAAAUCCUCGUUGUAGAUGCUACCAGCCUUGAAGUGCUCUACUCCUUAGUAUCAAAGAUAUCCCCGGACUGGAUUAGCUCCAUGAGUAUCAUUCGAUCCCAUCGAAUGCAAGAGGACACUGUCGUCGCACUCUCAGCGACAGGCAUCUUAAAGGUGUGGAUCGUUACCUCUGAAAUAAGCGGCACUCAGGAUACUGAGCCAAUAUUUGAGGAAGAAUCCAAACCAAUUUAUUGCCAGAAUUGCCAAAGCAUCUCUUUUUGUGGAUUCACACAAAGGUCACUUUUGGUGGUGUGUUCCAAAUAUUGGAGGGUAUUUGAUGCUGGAGACUACUCCUUGUUGUGUUCGGGUCCUAGUGAGAAUGGACAGACCUGGACUGGAGGGGACUUUGUAUCAGCAGAUAAAGUAAUCAUUUGGACCGAGAAUGGACAAAGUUAUAUUUACAAGCUACCUGCGAGUUGCCUUCCAGCUAGUGAUUCAUUCCGCAGUGAUGUGGGAAAAGCAGUUGAAAAUUUAAUUCCUCCGGUACAAUAUAGCCUGUUGGCUCGAAAAGAUAAAGAGUUGCUAAUUUGUCCUCCUGUUACUCGGUUCUUCUAUGGAUGCAGGGAGUAUUCUCAUAAAUUAUUAAUUCAGGGUGAUUCUUCUGGAAGAUUGAAUAUUUGGGACAUAUCAGAUACACCUGAUACACAGGAAGGUGAUGAAGAGUUGAAAAUGACAACUUCUAUAAGUUUACAAGAGGCAUUUGAUAAACUGAUUCCUCGUCCUGCUGGAAUUAUAGAUCAGUUGAGUGUGAUUCCUAACAGUAAUGAACCUCUUAAAGUAACCGCAAGUGUGUACAUACCAGCACACGGAAGACUUGUUUGUGGCCGUGAGGAUGGAAGCAUAGUUAUUGUACCUGCCACACAGACGGCCAUAGUACAGCUGUUGCAAGGGGAACACAUGCUCAGAAGAGGUUGGCCACCUCACAGAACGCUCCGUGGUCAUCGGAACAAAGUCACAUGUUUGCUGUAUCCUCAUCAGGUCUCCGCUCGGUAUGAUCAAAGAUAUCUGAUAUCUGGAGGUGUGGAUUUUUCGGUCAUAAUUUGGGACAUAUUUUCUGGAGAAAUGAAACAUAUCUUCUGUGUUCAUGGUGGCGAGAUUACUCAACUUCUAGUUCCACCUGAAAACUGUAGUGCAAGAGUGCAGCACUGUAUCUGCUCUGUAGCCAGUGACCAUUCGGUAGGACUUCUAAGUUUGCGAGAGAAAAAGUGCAUCAUGUUGGCAUCACGUCACCUUUUCCCUAUUCAAGUGAUCAAAUGGAGGCCUUCCGAUGACUACCUGGUAGUGGGGUGUUCAGACGGCUCUGUGUACGUCUGGCAAAUGGAUACCGGUGCAUUAGAUCGCUGCGUGAUGGGGAUCACAGCGGUAGAGAUACUGAAUGCUUGUGAUGAGGCGGUUCCUGCUGCUGUUGAUUCGCUCAGUCAUCCAGCAAUCAACCUAAAACAAGCCAUGACAAGACGCAGCCUUGCUGCCCUUAAAAAUGUGGCCCAUCAUAAGCUACAAACCCUUGCAACUAACCUAUUGGCAUCUGAAGCAUCGGACAAGGGGAAUUUACCUAAAUAUUCUCAUAACUCCCUGAUGGUUCAAGCAAUAAAGACAAACCUAACAGACCCAGACAUACACGUGCUUUUCUUUGAUGUGGAAGCGUUGAUUAUUCAACUCCUGACUGAAGAAGCCUCUAGGCCGAAUACUGCGCUUAUUUCCCCGGAGAAUCUGCAAAAAGCAUCUGGCAGUUCAGACAAAGGGGGCUCUUUUCUAACUGGAAAGCGAGCAGCAGUUCUCUUCCAACAAGUGAAAGAAACUAUCAAAGAGAACAUAAAGGAGCACCUCCUGGAUGAUGAAGAGGAGGACGAGGAGACCGUGAGGCAGCGGAGGGAAGAAAGUGAUCCAGAGUAUCGGGCCAGCAAAUCCAAGCCGCUGACCCUGUUAGAGUACAACUUGACCAUGGACACUGCCAAGUUAUUCAUGUCCUGCCUUCAUGCCUGGGGUCUGAAUGAAGUCCUGGAUGAAGUCUGUCUUGAUCGCCUGGGAAUGCUGAAGCCCCACUGUGCAGUGUCGUUUGGGCUCUUAUCGAGAGGAGGCCAUAUGUCGCUGAUGCUUCCUGGUCACAAUCAGCCUGCCAGUAAACUGUCACAAGGGAGAACGGAAGUCGGAAGGAAGCAGCCACCACCUGAAGGAACAGAAAAGGGGACUUACGGAGUGUCCCGAGCCGUCACCACUCAGCAUCUCCUGUCUAUCAUUUCUUUGGCAAAUACCUUAAUGAGUAUGACCAAUGCAACUUUCAUUGGCGAUCAUAUGAAGAAGGGCCCUACCAGGCCACCUAGACCAAGCACCCCAGACCUUUCUAAGGCAAGGGGUUCCCCUCCAACUUCCAGUAAUAUUGUGCAAGGACAGAUUAAACAAGUCGCCGCACCUGUCGUUCCUGCGCGGUCCGCUGCUGACCACUCUGGCUCUGACCCUGCUUCUGCUCCUGCUUUACAUCCCUGUUUCUUAGUGAAUGAAGGAUGGAGUCAGCUGGCUGCUAUGCACUGCGUUAUGCUGCCAGACCUGCUGGGACUGGAUCGAUUUAGGCCUCCGCUUCUAGAGAUGCUCGCCCGAAGAUGGCAAGAUCGAUGCUUGGAGGUAAGAGAAGCUGCGCAGGCCCUGCUACUAGCCGAACUGAGAAGAAUUGAGCAGGCGGGACGGAAGGAAGCUAUUGACACAUGGGCUCCUUAUUUACCCCAGUAUAUGGACCACGUCAUAUCACCUGGAGUCACAGCAGAAGCCAUGCAGACUAUCACCACUACUUCAGAGGCCUCAGGGCCUGAAGCCAAAGUCCAGGAGGAAGAGCAUGACCUUGUUGACGAUGACAUCACCACCGGUUGCUUAUCAAGUGUUCCACAAAUGAAAAAAAUUUCCACGUCUUAUGAAGAAAGACGGAAGCAAGCUACUGCAAUUGUUUUGCUUGGAGUAAUAGGAGCUGAAUUUGGUGCUGAAAUUGAGCCUCCCAAGCUAUUGACCAGACCUCGAAGCUCUAGCCAGAUUCCUGAGGGAUUUGGUCUGACUAGCGGAGGAUCCAACUACUCGCUGGCUAGACAUACUUGCAAGGCGCUGACAUUUCUGCUGCUGCAGCCGCCAAGCCCCAAACUUCCCGCACACAGCACAAUCAGAAGAACAGCCAUUGAUCUGAUCGGACGAGGUUUCACAGUUUGGGAGCCUUACAUGGACGUGUCUGCCGUUCUGAUGGGGCUUCUGGAACUUUGUGCUGAUGCUGAGAAACAACUUGCCAACAUCACAAUGGGGCUGCCUCUGAACCCGGCAGCUGACUCCGCCCGCUCAGCCAGGCAUGCUCUCUCCCUCAUUGCCACGGCCAGACCACCCGCCUUCAUCACCACUAUAGCCAAAGAGGUGCACAGACAUACGGCUCUUGCAGCAAAUACCCAGUCGCAGCAGAAUAUACACACCACGACUCUCGCACGCGCGAAAGGGGAAAUUCUGAGAGUCAUUGAAAUUCUCAUUGAAAAGAUGCCCACAGAUGUCGUGGACCUUCUUGUGGAGGUUAUGGACAUCAUUAUGUACUGCCUUGAAGGAUCUUUAGUUAAAAAGAAAGGUCUUCAAGAAUGUUUCCCAGCCAUCUGCAGGUUCUACAUGGUCAGCUAUUAUGAGCGGAAUCACAGAAUAGCAGUGGGAGCUCGCCAUGGUUCAGUGGCCCUGUAUGACAUCCGGACUGGAAAAUGUCAGACAAUCCAUGGACAUAAGGGACCAAUCACUGCAGUGGCCUUUGCUCCCGAUGGACGAUAUCUUGCCACCUACUCAAACACCGACAGCCACAUUUCUUUCUGGCAGAUGAACACGUCCCUGCUGGGAAGCAUCGGCAUGCUGAACUCAGCGCCCCAGCUACGCUGCAUCAAAACCUACCAGGUGCCCCCCGUGCAGCCUGCGUCCCCCGGCUCCCACAACGCCCUCAGACUGGCCCGGCUCAUCUGGACUUCCAACCGCAACGUCAUCCUCAUGGCCCAUGACGGGAAGGAGCACCGCUUCAUGGUCUAAGGGCAUUCUGCCAGGCUGCCCUUUGGUUCUCUUAACUUCUCUAAGCCGAGGCCACUCGGCCCUCACAGUGGAUCCUUCCUUGGGGCUGCCCACCCAGAGUCACCCAGGCCACGGGGUCUGUGUCAUUUGUGCAUGCUUCUAGGGGGCAGACUCCGGCUCGUGCCACCUACCCAUUCAGGGGCAUGCACCCGCUACUCUGCAGGAUGUGGCCAUCCUGUCACUAGGGAGUUUCUCUGCCAGAGAUGGGAGGGGAAGCCAUUGGUUCCCGGGAGCGCUCUUGUUGCUUGGUGCAACAGAAGCCUGAAAAUCAAUACACACUGUGAUUGCACUCCCAGCCCACAUCAGCAUUUUCAGCCGGCUAAACCCCAUCUCUGAAGCGCUGCUUGACUCCCGUCACUCUGACGCUGGGUGUUGAGGUCAUGUGGCAGUCCUCAUUAUCGAAAUUACUUCCCCUGGCGCUUCCUAAAGCAUACUGUUGUUUACCAAGAAGAUUCUGUGUUUACAUGUUUUUUUUUUUUUUUCUCUCCUGGUGAUUGCUAGGAUAUUACCAAAUCCAUUUUCCUAGGAUUUAGCCAUUACCUUUCUUUAUGAACACCUAAUUUGAGAUUAUGAGAAAGCAUACAAAAAAAUUUUCCUUGUAGAAAAUACAGUUUUCUGGUCACCUAGCCUUCUCAAGUGCUCAUAUUCUACUUAGAGGACAGUGUAUUGAGUCAUUUAAAAUAAAAAAUGUCACUACUUAUGAUCUAGUUAAUGUAAUUAUCCCAUCACUGUAACAAAUCUCUUAGAGGGAUUUGUGCGUGAUAAAGAACCAAGUUUAGAAGCAUAGCAUAUACCUUACAUGAAGACUGUCCUAUCUGUUGCUUCAGAUCUUUUUUGGGUUUGUUUGUUUGUUUAAGAAAGAACUUGCCCCUUCUUCCAGAAACUUCACAAGCCUGCAGUUUCCAUAUGUGUGACAUUUAUCAGUUGUCACACAAUAAUUCUGCCUUCAAAAUACUACCAAUCAACUACACUAAAUAAAAGCAAAGAAGGAAUUUCUUCUAAAUAAGUAUCCUAGAAAAUGAGUAACUAUGGCACAAAUGUUCAGGAGUGUAUAUAAAAACGUUGAAGGCUCUUAUUAGUGCAAAUACUGCAGUGAGGCUGUUCAUUAUGCUUCGAAAUAAGCUUUAAAUUCUCCUAUGUCAAUUAUGCAGAUUCUUGUCUAUAAUAAUGGAAAAAAAUCCAUAAAAUAAUAUUUUGUAUGAAUUACUCCUGAAAACCUUGAUCUGAGAAUAUAGUUGGGGGAGUUUGGUUGGUUGGCUAAUUGCUGAGUGGUUGAUUAAUUGGGCAAAAUGGUUUAUCAAAUGUAAAAAACAGAAAAUGAUUUUUUCAAUUCACAGAAAUAUGAAAGUUUACAGAGGAACCAAAAUUAUAAUGGGAGCAUUUAAUCUAAAAACCUAAAAAGCCUAAAUUGGCCCUGGAAUGAAUAUAUCUGUUAUUUUACUGAACAUAAAGAAAGAACAUUUUUAAAGAACAUUUUUAAAGAACAUACUAAGAAAUUAAGACCACUAGAACAUCUCUUCCAUGUUGAUAUGAAGUAUAUUAUUUCUAUUGAUGGCAAAUCUAUAGUAUUCCUUGGUUUUAAAUGUUGGGUGUUGUUUCAAAAGUGAAUUAUGCACAUGCAUGUACAUUGUAUUAUAAAGAUUAUAUAUGUAGUUUCCAAGGAAGAAACAACUGUACGAUAUAGACUUUGUUUGGUGACCAUGCUGUUGUAUUUGCUCAACAAAUGUGAGGUAGGGAAACGUGAGGUGAACUGUAGGUGCACUUGGUUUUUCCAGCGGGCUCCCAGCUCUUCUCUGUACCUAACACAUGUUUACUUUAUGAACUGAAGUGGAAAUUAAUUUAUUCUAGACUGUAAGACUAGUUGGAAUGAUGAGGUAAACAUAUACCUUAGCAUUUUUUUUUUUUAAACAAAAUGUUCUAUGCUUCAGGAAGAAGGUAUCGGGAUGGUAGGCAGGCCACUGCAAAGGCCUGGGUGGCCCCACCCGCUGUGGAAAUUAGAAGCAAAGCCUGCGGACCAGAGGAGCACAGCCCCUGGGAGCUGGGCCCGGGACUGCCUUGCAUUUGCCCUGUCUGCACAGAGGCCAGUAGAACAUUCUAGUGGUAAAAUUCUGGGGUGGAUGAUGUUUGAUGGCUAGACAUCUCUCUCUGACUACUUAUCUAGUAUUUACACUCUUGUUGACCUAAAUCUCCCCUUGGCUAUUGUGACAACCACAGUCCCAAACUUCUUCCCAGCUUACAUUUCUCUGCACUGAGGUACACUUGCUAUUGUGUUGUCAUCCUAGUGUGAACUUUUUAUGUUUUACUGAUUUCAUUGGUACUGUAUUUGGACCUGUCCUUGAAUGUAUAGAGACAUGUGGCUUCACUGGUAAUUUACCUUCAAAAGAUGACAUGCUGUGAAACCAGUGUGAAAAUGUUGUAAUGACUGAAAGCACCGUGCAGCACUGAGUUGAAACGUCUGCCUCCCCAGACAUUUCUCACUGGUUCCGCUAAUACAUUCUGUAUAUGCUGACUCUCCCUGUGUACAUAUGUGUGUUAAAUAAAACUGAAUUGU